UGGGCACCUUGGAAACCAGGAGCUAAAUAACCUUUCUGAAGUUAUGGUGCAUCUACAAAUUGGGAUAUCUUCCCCAUAGCACCAUGGUGGCCAAUAAAGGAAUGUUUUCACAGUAUACCAAGUCAGUGAGAAAAGUAUGGUGUCCACUCUGUGGACAGUUUGCUGCUACUUUUUAGAGAAGAUGGAAGCAUUACCUGUAUUUGCCUUUGUAUGCUUAAAAUACCCUUUGAAGGGCACAGAAAAACUGAAAUUGUUGGUUUUCCAUGGCCCCUAGCUGGCUGGGAGAAGUUGCUGAAUAUCUUUUGAAUUUUCAGCUAUGAGGUUAUAUCCCUAUUUACAUGAUACAGAUGACCACCCACUGUGCAGUCCUCAUUUUGAAGAGUGUGUUAGAGAAGCCUGAAGGAGCACCCGUGGCCACAUGAUUGCUGUUGGUGGGAGUAUACAGAGUUGCCUCAGUCAGGCACCUGGAACCUUCUGGAACCUGGGGAGGAGAAGGCACCCAUUUGGGGCUGAAUUCCGAAGGUUCUCCUUGGACCGUCAUAAGCCUGGGAAGUUUGAAGAUUUCUACCAGUUGGUCAUGCACACCCACCAUAUCUCCAACACCGAAGUGACCAUUGGCUAUGCAGAUGUGCACGGGGACCUGCUCCCCAUCAACAAUGAUGACAACUUCUGCAAGGCAGUCUCCAGUGCGAAUCCUCUGCUCCGAGUCUUCAUUCAGAAACGAGAAGAGGCAGACCACUACAGCUUUGGGGCAGGCACCCUGUCAAGGAAGAAGAAGGUGCUGGUGACGCUGAGGGAGGAGGGUCUGCGCAGGCGCGCCCACCUUGACAUCAGCAUGCCACAUGACUUCCGCCCUGUGUCCUCCAUCAUUGACGUGGACAUCCUCCCCGAGACACACCGCCGCGUGAGGCUCUACAGACAUGGCUGCGAGAAGCCGCUGGGCUUCUACAUCCGCGAUGGCACCAGUGUGCGCGUGACCCCCCACGGGCUGGAAAAGGUCCCGGGGAUCUUCAUCUCCCGCAUGGUGCCUGGGGGCCUCGCAGAGAGUACGGGGCUGCUGGCUGUGAACGACGAGGUCCUGGAGGUGAACGGCAUCGAGGUGGCUGGGAAGACCCUCGAUCAAGUCACAGACAUGAUGAUCGCCAACAGCCACAACCUCAUUGUUACCGUCAAGCCCGCCAACCAGAGGAACAACAUUGUCCGAAGCAGCCGCACUUCCGGCAGCUCUGGCCAGUCCACGGACAGCACCGCCAGCCAUCACAGCUUGCCCGCGGCCCACAUCCUCCACAGCUUCCAUCCUGAUGAGAUGGAGAGUGACGAAGAGGCUGACAUAGUCAUUGAAGGAGCCUUGGAGCCUCAACACAUUCCCAAGACACAGGGCACACCUUGCAGCAGCCUCUCUCGGGCCAACGGCACUGGCCUUGUGGACAGGCUACAUCGGGACCUGGCCCUGCACAGCUCUGGGCGAGAAAGCAAUGGCAGCAUUCACAGACUUCUCAGCUCCCUGAAGUCCGACCCUCGCAACAGCCUGAUCCUCCCCGCAGGUGGGGUGGAGGAACAUGGGCCAGCUAUCACACUCUAGGCUCAGGCCACGAGAAGAGGUCGCGCAGCCCAAGGCCACACAAACCUUGUUGACAUUUGCCCCGUGGCGGGGGAGAGCAUUGAGAGGAGCUGGUAAUACAAUUCGUGAUCCCAAAAGUAAAAUUUCCAAAGGAAGUAUUUUACAUUUUAUAUCAAUUUUCAAAUAAGAAAAAUAACCAUAUACUUCUUUCUCUUCUUUUUUUAAUCAUUCUUACAACUGUGUUCUUUAGCUUUUGAAAUGGUGUAUUUUUAUAGGAUUUCUUCAUAGAACUUAAAUACACAUGUACACACUUCAGGCCAGGCCUGAGUGCAGGUCCCAGAAAGACUUCUGACUAAAUGCAGAACAAACUUUAUUUUUAAAUUAUGAAAAUAAUUCACUUUUUUAAAUGAAGCUUAAAACAACCUUUUGUAAGUACUAAAGUUCGUAUUUUUAACAUAACUGGUGCAGAAAUGCCCUGUGAUGCCCAUGCUUUCUGCUGACCUGCUGGCAAGGCUGCAACAGGAAGGUAGGCACUGUUCCUGAGGACAGUGGCACCCAAACCUGUGACAGGUAAUGACCACAGAAGAAUUUAAGUCCUCACAGUGUUUCACAGCCAGCUCAAAAAAACCAGGGAGGGGGAGUGUCACACAAGAACACACACAGCUGUGGUCCUGGCUGGGGAGUUGCAUUUGUGACAUGACCAGAGGAGCCAGCCCGUCUUCACCUCCCCUGAACCAGUGUAGAAAGCAGGCUGGAUUGGAAGGUGAGGCUCAGCAAUACCUUAGCCGUGUGUGCUUCAAAGCCAGUAUUUAUUCUGAGAUGAGUCAGCCUUUUCCUCUGGGUCAUCUGGCUCUAGGACAAUUUUCGGCAGAUAUGAGGGAUGUGCGUCACAGACUGUGAAGUCUCAAGAACAGGCAGUUGGAUGCAUGUAGUUUUAUCUUCACUGUUAAAACAGCCAGUUCUAAGUCACAGUUAAUACAUGCUAUUUUCCACUCCUAGACUAGUGCUCAGUGGCAGGAAUCUAUUUGUAAAUACAAUGAGUCUUGUGGAACUUAAUGGUUUUCACAAAUAAUAAAUACCUUGCCACUUUCAACUUCUUAGGGAUUUAUGUUUGACCCAAUUAAAUUUUAGAUGAAGUGUAUUUUUUUGUCUGAAUACAAUGUAAUGGGCAAAAUAUUACAUUUAUACUUUAAGAACAAACUUUGACCAAAUAAAUCUUUAAUGUAAAUACACGUAAAAAUAUUAUUCCUGGGUUUUAAGGCUGCGAGCUCCACGUGCUGCUCCCCUGUCGUGUAGCACCACCUGCUGGUCAGUGGCAGAACUGACUGAUUUUGUGACCGUCAGAUGGAAACUGCAGCUCAACCUUCUUUUUUGUCUUUAGUUCAUUCCAGAACAUUCUUUUCCUUUUGGAAACUAUUUACUGGGCAGAAGUAGCUUUUGCAAAGUAACGUGUCCCCUGUGCUGGUGUUUGAGUUUCUCAUUGUGUGCAAAGGACACCAAGUGUGCCUAAGCACAGAGAGAGUGAGAUGCCUCCCCACCAAGUCUCAGUGAGGGUCAGACCCCCGAAGGCGGGGUGCUGAGGACAUUCAAGCGCAUCGCCUUCACGGAGGCUGAAAGCGUUUACUAAGAUGAGUACUACAGACCCAAAGUUCUGAUGCUUGGUUACUAUCACAAAGAAGUGCUCAUUCACUAAGUCACUGCUGGUUACUAUCUGUGGAAUAACUGGGUCUUCUACCAGGUAGGAAAGUUGUAUUUCCACCCAUUUUAAAUGUUGGGGCAAAUAUGAAUCAAUGUUUUAAAGAGAAAAGGCUGACUCUGAGCUUCAGCCUGUUGCUAGCAACUGUAAAAGUUUUACCAACCACUCAGAGGAGCUGCGUGAGAGUAUGUUUCUACCUAGGUCUGUAGUUCGCCAUAUUCUUUCUUUAAAAAAAAAAAAAUGUCAUUAUAUAUUGAA